AUCCAUAAGCACAUAGCUGUUACAUCAGCUGUGAUGCAGAAGGAAACCUUCGUCCAGGAAUUCAUACAGCCCCACUCUUCAACUCUCAUCCUGUUAUUCCAUGGUCAGACACUGAAGAGACAAACUGGCUGGAAGAAAUAUUUGGAGUACUUAACAGAACAGGGAGGACUAAACUCCUUAUUGGGUUAUAUACUUUUAUAACAUUUUCAUUGAUUGAUUACAUUGAAUUUGCAAGUUAUACUUUCAAAUAUUUUAUUUUCAUCUCUUACCAUUUUUUUUCUAGUCCAGAAGGAAUUGAACCAGUAGUGCUGUAAUAUCUUAUCGGAUCAGUUGUAGUAUAUCGGGAAACGUUGCUUAUUUUAGAAUAGAUGGGGAUGUCCACAAAUUUUGUCUUUACUGAAAUCUAGAACCAAGCAAAGAAGACAGGCAAUGGAGACAUUUUUCACGCCUGUUCACAACCCUUCUUCGUUGGAUGACCUCAAAAUACGCAAGAACCAUCAACGACAAAUUUUUCACCAUCACCAGAACACAAACAGGUACAAAAAGCUUGAGGACAGUGACAGAAACACAGAUGACAGCCGGGGGCACCGCCAUAAGCUCAAUCAGAAUCUCCGGGACAGCCCUCACCAUGAUGCCCACUAUCCUCACCGCCUUCAGCACACAGAUGACAACGGAAAACAAUACAACCACCGCAAUCCCGUACAUCUCCCCAGCGCCUCUUCUUCUUCUCUCUCCUCCAGCUCUUCCUCCAGCUCCUCUUCCUCCUGGUACACAGAGGCGAGCGCAAAUGAUCCCUUCUCUUUGCGUCACACCGAGCGGCCACUCCAUUCCCUGUCAUGCUCCAACAUUUCAGAUGUGCGCAAGGGAUUUAAAGAGGACAACAGCUGCACGCCCAUUGUUUUUGCCACCAUAAAACAUGGCAGAACAGCUAACACCGUUAGGGUGCUGCAGAGCGAAGAGCCUGAUUUUUCUACCCUGCAUCGGGGUCAUAGUCGAAGUGAAGAAGGGCUUUUGCAGGGAAAUGAAGGCAGUGAGCAACCUGCAGUACCAUGCAAGGACUACGGGUCUCUGUAUAAGACAUUCAGUUUAAACAGAAAUCUGGCUUUUAGUGAGGAUGACACUGUUUUAGGGGUGCCAAAGAGAGCCAUCUCUUCAAUCCAGCUUCCCACCAAAGGGAUCCUCAAAAACAAGGAUCACAACAGUGACAUUCGGAAGUCAAAGUCAAUGGAGGUUCUGUCACCGAGAGACACACAGGUAAAUGAUCCAAAUGGGCAGAAAGGGAAAGGAGCCACGCAGGCUGAGAUAGAAAGGGCUCGUGCAAAUUUUGUGGAGGGAAAAUUGCAGUUUUCCGCCUUUCUGAAUGAGAUAACAAAACAGGUCAUGAGGCCUUCAGAGCUUUCCAUCCUAGGUGUUGGCAAUACCAAAAUUGUUAGGAAAAUAUCUGCUCCAGCCCGAACAUCCUUUCCAGUAAUGCCUCAGCUACCACCCAAGAAGAACCGACAGGGCACGCAGGUUGAGAAGAAGCAGUCCCCUAAGCAGCCCAGCAGAGAGGUGAAAGUUGGAAAACCCUCAGACUUCUUCCAUCCUGACAAAUUCCCCUCCUAUGAAGCAGGGAGCCACAGUGGCAGCCCCUCUCCGGAUCAGCACCCCCACUCUGCCCGUAGAGACAGGAGGCCUUCACCUGCUGGGAGCUCCGUGGUAGGGGACAAAUACAGGAAAAAUUCUCAUUAUCUCACUGAUGGAACUAGCACCAGUCCUGAACCCUGCCGGCCCAAACAGCGGCACCACCGUAGACACCCGCCAGACACCCCCCACAACCCCACACAGCAACCCCCCCAGCAGUUACAGUCUGACAGCCGGGGGCCAAGCAACAUCCCUCCAUCCUCUGCCCAGGGGGUAGGUCCAGGUUUUGGUUCUGAGUCUUCAUCCACAAAGUCGGACUCAUCCCGGGCCAGAGACACAGCCUCCACCUCUGCCAGUCAGAGCUCUGAACAGGGCCAGCGCCACCCACGACACAUUGCCAACACGCACCGAGACUCUCUGUGUGAUAACAGUCAGCUUCAGGCCCUGCAGGAGGAGAAUGCUGAUCUGCACCAAAACUUGCUGCAGACCGUAGUUUGCAUCGAGAGCCUCGAGGCGGAGUUGCAGAGAACCAGGGACGAGCUUGGCCAUGUUAAAGAGAAAUACAAAAGCCUUUUGCAGACACACACUGGGACCAAGCAGGCCAAUAACGUGCUGGGGGAGCACCUGCACGUAGCGUCAGAGAGUCUUACCAGUGAAAGGAAGUACCUGCUGAACCGAGUCUCCCAGCUCAGCUCUGACCUGGAGGAUGCUCACAGAACCAUAGCAGCGCUGGAGAAUAUUAAUGUUUCGUGCUUGAUCAAAGACCUGUUGGAGAAGCACUUCGGCUCGGUUGAGGCAAUACAGAAGUUCCUCGCCUCCUCGGCUGCAAACCGUCCACAGCCAGCAGACUCCCAAUCCCAUUCUCACGGCGGAGAGGAACCCACAGCGGCGGCCGCCUGGUUGGCUGAAUCAGAGGCAAGCUCACAGAGAGUCACAGCGUUUGUGCCAAUAAAGCAAAGAAAUCCAUCAAGCCAAAAUGAGGGCAGCCUCUCCGACCAGCAAGACUCAUCCCUCUCAGAGCUCGACAUCAGCAGUGCUAAAUUUAGGAAAAUGGGUUUGAGUUAUGCUGGCAGACCGCAGCCUGUUUAUUCACAAAGCCAACAGAAAGCCUCCCUGUGCACAAACCAUGUGGAACCUGAGACUCAGCAAGCUCAGGGGAGCGGUAACGUUUGGAGAGAAAGGGAAGGGUUGAAGACAUCACUUCUGGAUGAAGGUGCUGAAGAUGUGAGCUCGACGUCUGCUCAGCAGAUCCUGGAUGAUUUCAUGCAACGCCUGCAAACACACUGGCCGGCUGCUGGAGGGAAGGAGCUGCCGGGAAAGGAGUAACUGAGUGGAGCCCGAAAAGGAAAGCCCUACAGAUUUGUCAGCAGUGUAGCAUAGUGAGAAUAGGCAGUCGAUAGAUUUCUUUUAAAUGUAGAAAAAUGGAGCUCUCCUGACAAUGAUGAUACUUAAACAUGGCAAAAUUAGAAGUGUGACAAAAUUUUGUCACACUUUCACACUUUUUUCACCUAAAUGUUAGCAUUUAGGUGAAAAAAGAAGCAGUUUAAUAUCAAAAUUCCCUGAAUGAAUGUCUUAUUUUGAAGCUAUAGUGUUAAUAUGUGUUAUCUUUAUUAAAUUUUAGUCUCCAAAGAUUAAUAUUAUGAUAGGAUAGAUCAGAAAAUGUUUUUGAGGAACAAAGUCAAAUCAAUGUAAAACAAUAAAAAUAGUUUACUAUAGUUUGUUAAUGGCGUCUGUUAUCCCUUAAGGUAAAUUGAAUAGGUGUCUAAUGGUAGGUGGCAUAAAGGAUCUUUAGUUAUUAUAGGAACUGGGAGAAAAAAAUGUUGUAAAAAGAAAGAAAAAGUUUUUUAAAAUGUGUUUAACUGUAGGAAACCCAUUUUAUUUUAGCAGUUUGUUGAGCCAAACACACCUACUCACCUCUGUGUCUGUGAGGUUUUGCUUUUCAAUGUCACUUAUUUUGAGGAAAAUAAACCAUUACAUUAAGACUGUUAAUCAAAUUCACCUAAUUGUCUUCCAAAGGAAAAAAAACACCUUAAAAUAAGUCCAGAAUGACAUUUAUGUAAAACAAAAUGUCUUACUUGUCUUUGUAGUGACUGAAAGGCAGCUCAUGCUCCAGGCCAUACUCAGCCAUUCCUGUACAAAAUCAAAGAGACACUCUCAGUGUGAGUUUAGGAAUUAUUCCUCUAUCCAUUGAACAGAAGUGAGAAAAAGCAAAAGUUCCAUAUAUGUGUGUACAUGCAUUAGUUGUUACAGAGAAAUAUGUCUUUAUUUAAAUAUAAAGUAAUGCCAACAUAAAAAAAAGAAGAUAAAAAAAGAAAAUACUGUAUAUUGAAAAAAAUUAUGCAGUUAAAAUACUAUGUGUCUUUAGAAGCAAAGCAUUAUUUUGGCGUUUGUAUUUUUGGUCUUAGAUGGUAAAACCCCUUUGUUAAUAAAGAUAAUUAUGUUCAAUAAAAACUGUUAAUUCA